UUGUGUGAUCCUGUCUUCUCUGAUCUUCCCCUUCUUCUACUGUCCCCAGUUCAUCUGCUGAUAGAACAGCACUGACUGACAUGCUUAGUUUGGUGUUUUUUUUUUUUCUUUGUGAGAGUGCAUGGGAUCAGCACAGGGCCAAUCAGCACUGUCCAGACAGAGAUCAGGGGUUCUGCAUCCUCCUAGAGCAAAAUGAAAAAUCCUCCUACAAGCUUUAACCAGUGCUCUGCUGGACACUGAUAGAAGUCACAAGACUGCUAUAUAUACUGCUGAUGAGAAAAUGUAUUUAGCAGUUUAUAUUUACUAAAAUAA